AUGAAUCCGCCGUAUAAAAUAUAUGCAUUUUUAAAUGUAUAUGUGUUUUUCGUGCAGCCCGCCAACGUGCUUUUGAACAACGUGGAGAGUGAUCGGCCCGUCGUGAAGCUCUCGGACUUUGGACUGUCACGGCUUCGAGUUACGGUCAAGUCCACCAAGGCCCCAGAUGCCGGCACGGCCCCCUACAUGUCGCCGGAGUGUUUCGACGUCACCGAGAACCGCAUUACACACCAAGCGGACAUCUACUCCCUGGGUGUACUAAUCUGGGAGAUGCUGGUCGGCAAGCGGCCCUGGGAAGGAGUGAGCGAUGUAGCGGUCGCGUUCAUGGUAACGUACAAAGGCCUGAGGCCGCCGCUGGAAGAUGUGCCCCCAAGCCGCUGCCCUGCCAAGCUCGCCCAGCUGCUGACGGCCUGCUGGGAGACCGACCCCGCCAGGCGGCCCGCCGCGGCGGAGGUGGCCAAGGAGCUGACCCUCAUGCUGGAGCGACUGCAGCAGCAGCCUUAG